CUGUGAGGGCCGAGGCGCGGGGCUGGGCCGGCCCGGGAGGGGUCUCGGCCCGCUCCGUGGCGGAGGCCGAGGCGCUGAGGGCCAGCUCUGCGAUGCCGUAAAGGAGCGUGGCGAAUGGAGGCUGUCUCCUGGCCUCUCGUUUUGUAGAAAUAGCCAAAAAACAAAAGGCCACGCAGAGCGCUGUGGGAGAGCCCGGAGCCCCUCGUGCCCGCGCGCCGAGUCCCGGUGUCCGAGCACACGGGUGACGCUCCGGGCCGCCGCGGAGGCUUCGUUCCGCGCUCACGGACAGAACUGCGGGGCGUGGGUUGCAGAACUCCACUUCGGUAGAAGUUGCACGGGGUUCUUCGUGGAGAGUGCACCCACGCGGGGUUUGUGUGUACUCACUGCUUGGAACGGUGCCCCAGAGCGUUCAGCUUCAGCGGCUGCUAUUGGAAGUAGUCUGUGACGAACAGUCACGGCCUGGGCUUGCACCGAGUUACGGCUGGCCUAGUACCUAGAAGCAGACAGCGCGACUUCACUGACCACACUGAACUUGCUUGCCCGAGCAGCACGGCCUGCGCGGCGUGGGCGGUUCGGUGGAGCCUGCUGCCGUUAAAUCCGUGCGAGCAGCAGGAGCUGCACUCCGUCCUCUACCCCAGUGCUGCCGCAGCCCUCCUGCUCGCUGUGAGCCCUUUGAGCCCAUCCCUGCUUUACAGACCAUGAAUGAAAAGGAUGAAUAGAAGCAAACCUGGACAGAGCUCUGAGGGCCACUGCGUGACGUUUUCUCCCCUUGUGACAAGGAAUCAUUGAUAGCUACCCCUGGAGUGCGUGCGUGGGUGGGUGGCAAUGUCUCACUGGGCUGCUCCCUUCUGCACUGUUGCCAAAGUCAGCCUGCUGCUCCUGCUGGUUUCUGCAGUGUUUUUCCAGUCAAGCCUAAGCGAGAGAGUUCCCGAAUUUGCCCUUACAAAAAUAGAAGAGAGCGACAUAAAAGAUGACAGCGGGAAGGAGCCAAUAACAGAUGAUGACGCUGAUCCCGAAGACCUGGAAGUGUUUUACCCGACACAUCAGUGGCAGGCUGUCCGUCCAGGUCAAGCUGUUCCUGCUGGGUCACACGUUCGGUUAAAUCUGCAGACAGGAGAGAGAGAAGCCCGGCUUCCAGACAGUGAAAGUGGGAAAAGUGACACAAGAGAAGAGAAAAGAAGAAGAAGGCUAAACAAGAUGGAUAUUGACACAAAUUCAUUCACAUCCCAGGAGCUCAAAAAGGCAUUGGCUAAAAUGAAGGAAAGUGAGAAGGCGGAAAGAAUGGCCCACGAGGAAGAAGUGAGGAAGAAGUUCCGUCCCAUAGAGCAACUGAGGGAAGAGUUUGAAAAGCUGAACGUGAAGAUGGAGACAGAUUAUGAAAUCAUGGAUAAAUUGAUCAGCAAAUUUAACAGCUCCGCUUCCACGCUGGAUGAAAAAGUAGCAGCACUUUAUGAUCUUGAAUAUUACGUUCACCAGGUGGACAACGCAAAGGAUUUCCUCUCCAUGGGCGGACUGCGGCUGGUGAUCGAGGGCCUGAACAGCACAGAGGCUGUCCUGAAGGAGCACGCUGCCUUUGUGCUGGGAGCCGCGCUCUCCAGCAACCCCAAAGUCCAGGUAGAAGCGAUCGAAGGAGGAGCGCUGCAGAAGCUGCUGGUCAUUGUGGCUACAGAACAACCGCAGGCUGUCAAGAAGAAGGCCCUCUUCGCUCUCUCCUCGCUGCUCAGGCACUUCCCCUACGCCCAGCAGCAGUUCCUCAAGCUGGGCGGCCUCCAGGUGCUGCGUGGGCUCUUCAGGCAGCCGGGGACCGCGGCCCUGUGCGUCCGCGCCGUGACGCUGCUCUACGACCUCUUCGUGGAGAAGAUGCUGCUGGAGGACUCUCAGCACGGCGACCAAGCGGAGGAGAAGCUGCAGCAGUACCGGCGCGUGCAGCUGGUGCCGGCGGUGCUGGAACAGGACUGGUGCAUGGCAGUGCCCGGGCUGCUGGCCCUGCCGGAGCACGACGCGCGCGAGAAGGUGCUGAAGGCGGUGGCCGUGCUGAUGGCGUUCUGCAGGGAGCGAUUCCGCGGGGACGCGGCCCUCGGUGCCACGCUGGGGCUGCUGCGCACCGAGUACGAGGAGCUGGCGGCCGCCGAGCGCAGGGACGGCGAUGGGGACGGGUACUUCCAGGAGCUGCUGGGCUCCGUGAACAGCAUCCUGCGGGAGCUGGGCUGAGGACGGAGCUCGGGCGGGCCGGGGCAGCGGUGUGACGGGUGGUGGGCGUCUGUGCUGUGUACGUGCACUUCUCAAUAAAUGGCUGAGCCAAGGGAGCCGCCCCGUGA